GAAAGAGUAGGGAAGGGAUACCACAUUCCCUGCGGCUGGGUGGGCCAUGUGGACAGUGAAGUUGACUUUCAUCCCGUGACAGGGAGUGUCAAAUGGAGUAGCCAUUUGGGGUAAAAGAAAUGUGGGGGCCAACGGGGUAGAGGAGAGUUAGGUGCAAUGAGGAUGAGGGCACUUGGAUGUUGGGGAAUGCGUUCCCCCAAGUUUUGCAGUAAAUCAGGUGUCAAAGAAUGUGGUAAGAGGGGGAAUAUUGGGGCAUCCAGGCAAUGAGAGGGAGGCCUGGGAGGAGAAGUGUGUGCUGUUGCCUCAGAGUACAAAACACCAAAAGUCUGUUUUUGAGGGAUAUGGAAAUAAAAGUUUGGGUUUUAGAAUUCAUGGUUAAGGAUGACAAGAUUGCAAGGAAUCUCUGCUGGGGGGGCUGAUAAGGGUAAAUGCCACAGAAGAACUUGGGACAUGCAAGGCACUUGGGAGUUGGGAGCUGAAAUGAGGUAAUUUCUUUAUGUCAUCAUCUUUUGAUAGAUAGGGAAAAUGGAAGGAUUAUAUAGAGGAAGUCAGGUGACUUUCAACAGAAUUGUAACAUGAAGGAGGUGUUAGGUCAACUUAUAAGAACUAGUGGAGUAUCAGAGUGUUAGACCUGGGAGAGGGUCUGGGGAGCAACCUUAGGAAAAGUGAGGGAAGGGAAAUGGGUGGACUGGUAGAGGGAACUUUCAGAAGGGAUGGGGAAUGGAUGCUGAGUUAAUCAGGAAAUUCAGAUAACAUCUGCAGAAUACCAAGAGAUGGAAAAGAUGUUAUCUGAAAGAAAACUGGGUUGUUAAGGGACUAGGGAACAUGAAGACCUUGUCUUAGGCUGGGAAUGAAGUUUGUGGCUUGUAGUCCACUUGUAGACGUCAGAAUUCGGGCAGAGGACUCUCUCUUGAUAAACGUGUGCUUCUUGGCUUUUGAAUGUGUCUGUUAUUCGCUCACAUUCGUUCUUGUUAUUUAUCUAAUACUGAAUGCUUCUUGAACAUCCUUGAGAAAGUUUGUGGAAAGAGGAUGUUUGUCGUGAUGGGUGUUUUUCAUAUCUUUCUAGGCAGCUCUGCGUGAAAGCUCCUGCUUUCAUGAUGUUUUUGUUCUUAUUAUUUUGGGGUGCUAGGGAUGGCUUGAGUCGUAAAGGAUUUAAACAGAAAGAAUAUGGUAUGAGCUCUUGGAAUAGCUUCCCAAUUUGUUGGAAUUCAAACUUAGUGAUACUUCCUAUUCUACAACUGCUUUUUUUUUUGCCAGCUCAGAUAUUGCCAGUUGCUUUUAGAGUCCCUAAACUGUGUCUCUGUGUCAGACUGUGACAUUUAUUAGGAAGGCACAUUCUUCCUUAAGUGUUACUUAAAUGAUGUGUCAUUCUUUACAAUGCAGUGUUAUUUGGUACUUUUGAGUAAUAUAUGUUCAGAAUUAUAUAGCUUACUCUUUUUUUAAAUAUUUAUUUUAUUUAUUUGAAAGAAUUACAGAGAGAGGUAGAGACAGAGAGAGGUCUUGCAUCUGCUAGUUCACUCCACAGAUGGCUGCAACGGCCGGAGCUGGGCCAAUCUGAAGCCAGGAGCCAGGAGCUUCUUCCAGAUCUCCCACAUGCAUGCAGGGGCCCAAGGAGUUGGGCCAUCUUCUACUGCUUUCCCAGGCCAUAGCAGAGAGCUGGAUUGGAAGAGGAGCAGCUGGGACUAGAAGCAGUGCACAUAUGGAAUGCCACUCCAUGCCAAUGUGUGUCCUGUGGCCAGUGAGGAGUGCGCCUGUGCCUGGCGCUUUGACCCAGAAGUGCACCCGCAGGCGCCGCCACUUCUGCCCUCGAUGCACUGGUGGGAGUCAGCGCCGUGUCCGCUCCUGCCCAGAGCCUUGAGGAGCCGCCUUCAACGCUGGUGGCUGAACCUGAGGAGACCCAGGGCCCUGCAGACUCAGGCUGGGAUCAGACUGCACACACAGAGGAGAAAGCAGAAGCUUAGAGAAAUGCCAAGAAUCCCUCAGUGCCCUGUUCCAGCCUGCCCCAAGAUUCUGACACCUCACAACUGCAUACAUGGAGGAGAAAGCAGAAGCUUAGAGAAAUGCCAAGAAUCCCCCUGUGCUCAGCCUGUCCAAAAUUCUGACACCUCAGACCCCUUCUGGAAGCAAUGGCUGUCCCGCCAGCAGACCAGGCCCCCUUGGAGGCUGCACACACGAAGGAGAAAGCAGAAGCUUAGAGAAAUGCCAAGAAUCCCUCUGUGCUGUGUUCCAGGCUGUCCCAAGAUUCUGACACCUCAUACAUCGUGGAGUUCUUCAUUGGAACAUGUGCUAAGCCCAGGCCCUAAGAACAAGGAGGUUAGCAGCCAGGAGCAAUACCUGCAGGAAGGGCCGGGAUGUUGGUGUCGGAGGAGUGGCAGUGAAUUCAACAGGACCCUCAGGUUUAUCCAUCCUCGCCUGACUUCAGAGGAGGUCCCAGCACCUGGGCAGCAUGAGCCGCUUCUGCGCAGCAGCCUUCCCAGAGUAAAAGGCCACCCAGACCAUCCUGCUGCUGAUAGUUUGAUAUCCUCUACUCUUGAUGGAUUUGGUUUAUUUCUCCUUGGAAAAUGUGCGGUCCUCUUCUUCAGCUCCUUCUGGAAGACUACACCUCAGGACUCAGUUCCUAUUCCAGAGGAACAGAACCGCUCUUUCUGCAGGGAGUUUGGCGCAGUGGCCUUCCUGUCACGGGUCUGCACACCGGAGGAGAAAGCAGAAGGUUAAAGAAACCCCAAGAAUCUCUCUGUGCUCUGUUCCAGCCUGCUCCAAGAUUCUGACACCUCAGAUCUGCACACCGGAGGAGAAAGCAGAAGGUUAAAGAAACCCCAAGAAUCCCUCUGUGUCUGUUCCAGCCUGCUCCAAGAUUCUGACACCUUAUACAUUGUGGAGUUCUUUGUUGGAACAUGUGCUGGGCCUUGGCACUAAGCCUUAGAACAAGGAGGUGAACAGCCAAGAGCAACACCUGCAGGAAGGGCCGGGCUGCUGGUGUUGGAGGAGUGGCAGUGGAUUUAACAGGAGCCUCAGUUUUGUCCAUCCUCGCCUGGCCCAUGAUGUCAUAGUCAACCACUUGGAAUUGCCUCUGAAAAAAAGGUUCAGGCAGCUGCAAGACAGUUCCCAAUGGUGAUGCUGGGCCAGAGGCAAGAAGUGGAGGUCAAAACACCUGAUUUUCCUGUCUGGCUUGCUCAUGAUAAAACAAAGGAGUCAGCAGAAGGGUAGAGUUACAGACAGUGACAGAGAGAUGGAGAGAAAGGUCUUCCUUCUGUGGGUUCACUCUCCAAAUGGCCCCUACAGCCAGCGCUGCGCUGAUCUGAAGCCAGGAGCCAGAUGCCUCUUCCUGAUCUCCCAUGCAGGUGCAGGUGCCCAUGCACUUGGGUCAUCCUUCACUGCCCUUCCGGGCCACAGCAGAGAGCUGGACUGGAAAAGGAGCAACCAGGACUAGAACCAAGUGCCCAUAUGGGAUGCCAGUGCCACAGGCAGAGGAUUAACCAAGUGAGCCAUGGUGUCGGCCCCAAAGUUGUUAACCUUGACAGAACCAACUACAUAAUUUGUAGGACCUAGCAGAUACUGUAAAUGCUGAACAACUCUUUAAAAGGACGUUAAGCACUUGAAUAUAGAAAUACAAGGAAUUCAGACUUUGUUUAUAUGAGAAACCACCAUGGUGCAUCCCCAAUCAUAAUGUGUCCACAUGCAACUGUUGCUUUGAGCAGUAGUGGUCAUAAGACAAUGGCAAGAAAGGGAGGUUUUUUGAGACCAUGAUAUUUAGGAGAGUGGCUAAAUCUACACCAGGGAAGCAGUGAGAAAUCAAACUGUUUAUGAGCCCUGGCUCCAAGCCUCAGAAGUUGCCCCAGACUACCAUCAGAUUUCACUUACAGAACACAAAUUCAAGUUAAAUUCAACAAGAAUUUGAACAGCAAACAGAGUGUUAAACCUCAAGAAUGAGGAUCCUCUUCUGAGUUUGCACCAGGUUCAACUGCACUAGUCACAUCCUCAUGAAUCUGGUCCUGCAUUUUCAGUUCCAUAGUUCAAUUGGUCUAACAUACAAGCUGCCUACACUGUCUAACUCCCUCUAUAUACACACAUUGGAAUGCAUACAUAUUGAGAGAAUAGUAUAUAAUAUAUGUGAUUCUGAUUUCAGUUUUCAUUUUCCUGGUUUUUUUUUCAGAUGGAUGUUCAUUGGUUUUAUACUUCCUGGGUUUUCAUUUUAGGAGGCUAUGAUAACAAUGAAAUUUGUUGUUUGGAUAUGCUCUUUUAAAAAAAAAGAUUUAUUUAUUUAUUUGAAAGUCAAAGUUACACAGACAGAAGGCGAGGCAGAGAGAGACAGAGAGGUCUUUCACCUGCUGGUUUACUCCCCAGUUGUUUGCAAAAGCCAGAGGCAUACCAAUCUGAAGGCAGGAGCCAGGAGCUUCCUCUGGGUCUCCCAUGUCGGUAUAGGGGCCCGGGGAGCUGGGCCAUCUUCUCUGCUUUCCCAAGCCAUAACAGAGAACGAGAUUCGAAGUGGAGCAUCCGGGACUCUUACCAGCACCCAUAUGGAAUGCUGGCACUACAUGCAGUGGCUUUACCCACUGCACCACAGCGCCAGACCCUGGAUAUGCUCUUGACAGACUUCCCACUAUCUGUAAACUUCUGGGAUACCAACCUCUUGAAAUUUAGACUAGUCAAAUUUAUGAAUAUUUUAACAAUUAUUUCUGUCCCAUGAAAACUUUCUAAUCUCCUAAGUGUAAGCCUACUUUCUUUCAAUUUGAUUUGUAUUUUAAAUAUAGGUACCUAUUUUAUGUUUAUUUUGUUUUCCAGAUUUAUUGCAGCAAAAUUGACUGAAAAUUGUAUAUAUUAGAGGUGUGCAAUGUGCAUUUUGAUAUGAGGCUGCUUAAAAAAGUUCAUGGAAAUUUCACAUAAUCUCUAUGCACCAUUUUUAUGCAAACAUUUUGGAGUCUCAUGGUACUUUCAUGCUGUGAAAAGAUUAGUAGAAAUCAAACUAAUUUACAUAUAUGUCAGUUUCAUCCAAGAAAUCCUCACCCACAUCAUGUUUUCAAAUGUUCCCCCUACAUUUUAUUCCCCCAGCUUCAUAGUCUCAGUCUCAAAUUCAGGUCUUCAAUCCCUCUUAAGUUGAUUUGUAUAUGGUGAGAGCUAUGGAUCUAAUUUCAUUCUUCUUCAUAUAUACGUCCAGUUAUGCCAUCACUGUUUAUUGAAGAGAUUUUCCUAAUACUCACAGUUACUCCUCAAAUUACAUGCUUGAGAACAUUCUAAGCUAUUUGGGAUAGCUGUAACUUGGUGAGAGAAAGCAAUAAAGCACCAUUGCAACUAAGAAAGCGCUUCUGUCUGCAGGUGCCAUGGGGGUUGGGGACUUCUCACUCAACCUAGCACAGCUGUGACCUUGUGGCUAGUUAGUCAGCAAUCACUAUUUUCUCCCAUCUUUAGACACCUGCACCUGGUUCCAACCAUUCCCACACAGGCAUGACAUCCUAUGGUGCAUGGAACUGGGAGGCUCAGAAUCAUCACCUCCCUGGGGUCUGCAGAGAACCAACUUUCCUAAUCACUACUACUGCAGCAAGAGCAAGAAUGACAGAGAAGCACCUGUGCCAGCAAGUUUAGGGGAGGCACCCAAAGCACCAGCCCACGCGUGGCACGCAUGCACAGCAGCCCUCAGCAUGCAUCUUGGCUGCUUUUUCGCUCAAAGAAGAAACAGUGGUAACCUGCAAGACUCCCACCCUCAGGGUCCCAACUGGAUGACCAAGUGGGAUUGGGACUCAAGCUAAAGACCCAACAAACCCGAAGGUCUAGGUAUGGGCCUGGCAGAGACAUGUGAGCCUCCAGCCCAUCACGGCUCCAGGACCCUCCCUGCACCCAGCAUGUACUCACUGCCCCUGGUCACCCGCACAGUCAAGGCCAGGAGUGAGGGCCCUCAGGGCCCACUAUGAUGGAGCCCAAGCUCUGGCCAGGUGUGUGGAGCAGCUGAAGACAUGGGCACGUGCAGACUGAAGAAAGUUUGCACAAGUCAGGAAGGGACAGAAGAGCCAUGUCCCCUCCAGGCCCCACUCUGCCUGCUGCUGUUGCAUGUCUGCAUGCUCCCACAGGAGGGGGCUCACCACCAGCUAGUCAGCGGUGCUCCUGCAGACACCUUUCUGUGUGGGUUUGUUCCCAAGACUGUGGCCACUGGAGGUGGAGCAGGAGCCCACUGAAGGGCCACAGACACUCACAGGCCUGUCAGCCAGGUGUUGGAGUCCCUUGGUCCCUCCCUCCUCACCUAGGGGCCUCAGGGACUUGCAGCCCUUGCUCACCAACUGUGGGAACCUGGCUUCUUGCCAGGCCCAGUCCACACUUUCAGAGUGGAAACCCAAAGCUUCCCCAGGGUGUCAGCACAGAUCUGUCCUGGGCCCUAUUCUUUCUAGAGCAACAGAAAACAAACAUAUUUAAGUUUCCUAGAAGAGACUGAUUGGCCUCCCCUGGUAAACAGUCCUGGAUACAUUGUUUUCUGAAGCUGAAAUAUAAGGUUUCCAAGACCCACCUUUUGUAAAGAAGAAACAAGUAAAGCAAAUGUCGUGGAGGCUUUGUUUGAUCUGGACUCUGCAAAGCAAAAAUAAGGCAGAGGCACUCAAGAGUUGAGUUUGCCUGGUGAGCUCCCAAGCAGGAAAUAAGGAGAGGCAAAAAGUCCUUCUCACUCAUGCUUCAAAGCCCUGGGAAACUGCCAAUUCCAUGUGCCUGUCUUCCUAACCAUUUGCCACUCAUUCAUUCAUGUUUUUGUUGUAUAUUCAACAUUGAUAUGGGGGGAGGGGGCGUUUGGCCCAGAAGUUAAGACUUGUUUUGGGAUGCUCCCAUCCAAUAGGGGAGUGCUUAGGUUUGAGUCCUAGCUACCUUGUAGAUUCCAGCUUCUUACUAAUGCGCACCCUGGGAAGCAGCAAGUAAGCCCUCAAGUGCGUGGGUUCCUGCCAUCACCUGGGAAACUGAGCUCUGGCCUGCUAGCCAUGGUCCUGCUCCUGCCAUUAGGGACAUUUUGGGAGUGAACUAGCAGAUGUUUAUUGCAGCUCAAUUCACAAUAACUAAGACAUUGAAUCAACAUAAAUGCUCAUCAACAGAAGAUUAAUAAAGAAAUUACGGGAUAUGCACUUUAUAGAAUCCUACACUAUGGUAAAAAAGAAAUCCAGUAAUUUGCAACAAAAUGGAGGAAUCUGGAAAACAUCAUGCUGAGUGAAAUAAGCCAGUUCCAAAGGGACAAAUAUCAUGUGUUCUCCCUGAUCUGUGAGAACUAACUGAGCACAUAGAAGGAAACCUGUAGAUUUAAACUAACACUAUAACAAUGGCUUGAUCAGUCUCUUUCCUCACUGUCGAGGAACAGCUUGCUAUUUUAUUCAUUUUAGUAUUUUCUCUUUGUACUUAAUACCAUUAGUUGAACUCUUUAAUUACCACACAAUUAUUCUUAGAUGUUUAAAUUCAACUGAAAAUUGAUCCCUGUUAAAACUAAGAGUGGGAAUAAGAGAGGGAGGAAAUCUACAGUUUGGCACACUCUCACUCAGAUUUACCCCUAAUGGUAAAGCUAGAAAUGUGCCAUGGGACUCCAAGUCCCAUUAAGCUGGCAGGUACCAAUGCCAUCUUACUAAUUAAAGUGAUCAGUUUAAGUUCAUAAUUGAUCAUAAAGAUAGGAUUAGUUGUCAGAGGGAUCACAUAAAUAAGACCAGUGUCUGUUAAUAAUAAUUGAUAGAAUUAAAAAGAGAGAAUGAUCCAACAUGGGAAGGGGGAUACUCAGCAGACUCAUAGAAUGGUAAAUGCCCUAAAUAGCUCUCUGGCCUCAGAAUUUGCCCUUAAGGCAUUCAGAUCUGGCUAAAAAGCCCAUGAGAGUUUCUCAGGCAUGGAAAACCAAGACACUGUGGCAAAAAAUGACCUAAAUGAACGAUCUCUGUGAGUGAAAUCCCAGUGGAAAGAAUGGGCCAUCAAAGAAGUAGGUACCUUUCUCUGAAAGGAGGAGAGAAUUUCCACUUUGAUUAUGACCUUGUCUAAAUAAGAUCAGAGUCUGUGAACUCAAGAGGCUUCCGGCCAGUGCUGCGGCUCAAUAGGCUAAUCCUCUGCCUGUGGCACCGGCGCAUUGGGUUCUAGUCCUCGUCAGGCACCGGAUUCUGUCCCGGUUGCCCCUCUUCCAGUCCAGCUCUCUGCUGUGGCCCGGGAGUGCAGUGGAGGAUGGCCCAAGUCUUUGUGCCCUGCACCCACAUGGGAGACCAGGAGAAGCACCUGGCUCCUGGCUUUGGAUCAGCACAGUGCGCUGGCUGCAGCGGCCAUUGAAGGGUGAACCAAUGGUAAAGGAAGACCUUUCUCUCUGUCUCUCUCUCACUGUCCACUCUGCCUGUCAAAAAAAAAAAAAAAAAGAGGCUUCCAUAGCCUUGGAAGCUCAUGACAAGAGCUUUGUGUGAUUACUGAUGUCAUAAAUAAGAGUGUCAAUGUUAAAUCAACAAUAGGAGUCAUUGUGCACUUACUCCCGAAGUAGGAUCUCUGUCCUAAAUGUAUUGUACUAUGAGAAUUAACAGUAAAACUAGUGUUCAAACAGUACCAUAUAUUUUUGUGUAUCUUUGUGGGCACAAACUGUUGAAAUCUUUAUUUUGUAUAUACCAAGUUGAUCUUCUGUAUAUAAAGAUAAUUAAAAAUACAUCUUAAUGAAGAAUGGGAUGGGAGAGGGAGUA